GGACCCCGACCGCCAUGUUAAGGUAAAGCAGAGGAGCUCAGUGCUGAACAUGCUCAGGAGGCUGGACAGGAUCAGGUUCAGAGGUCACAGGAGAGAUGACUUCCUCGAUCUAGCGGAGUCUCCCAAUGCCUCGGACACCGAGUGCGGAGACGAAGGCCCCCUGAGAACGCCUCGGACCUCGCCCCGCGACAGCGAGGAGCUUCGGGACCCCGCCGGCCCGGGUACGCUCAUCAUGGCCGCGGGCGUCCAGGACCUUAACCGGACAGAGUUCGAUCGAUUAAACGAGAUCAAAGGCCACCUGGAGAUCGCCUUGCUGGAGAAACACUUCCUCCACGUCGCCAUGCACGACAGAACUUCCUCCAAGGCCGCUCAGCGCCCCGCUGCGUGCGUGGACCGCCCUGGCUUUGUCCGUUCGUCCUGCCGUGGACGCCGGGCUGCUGCCCCGUUCGGUGGUGGGGAACGUGCCGCCGUGAGCACGGCUGGGCACACGUCUCCUCGAGUCCCUGCUCCGUCCACGAAGACGUCGCUGAACCCCGCCCGACUUCGCCGAGUCGCUCUCACGCUGGGGGAGCUGCUGCUCGGCGAGCGACACCAGCAGCCAUGCGUCUGCUUUACCCCGCAGGGACCCGCCCGCCGCCUCGGAGGGCAGCGCCGACGGGACCCGGCUGUGUGUUUCCCGUUCUCUGUCGCCCAGGCGGGACCCCCCAGGGAGGCGCGGUUAUGCGACUUCAAAGUCGCCGAAGAAGUCCAGUGCAUCUGCCGUGCAGAUGUGGCCUGGAGAACCCCUGCCCCCGACCACGAUGAUUACAUCGUCACCUGUGUCCUGUCGCGUGGCCGCGGGUCCCUCCAGGCCUGCCGCGUGGUCGGCACCGUCACUGCACUCGCCAGCAUCUCGGCAGCAGCCUAUCCUGUUCGAGUGCAAAUGCUUAAAACGGCCGCUCCCGAGGACCCGUCCCUCGCUUCCCGAGGACCCGUCCCUCGCUUCCCGGGGACCCGUCCCUCGCUCAGCGUGGCUGCGACGUUCCGUGACCUGCGACCUGCGUGCGUGCAGCAGCAAAUGGCAGAGCAAACCGAAGAGCAGACGGCUCAGCAGCCUCCGAAAAGCCAGGCCCAGGUCGCGAACGGAGCGGACCGGCGGGGCCAGGGGCUGUGCCCCCGCGUGCAGAAGUGGUUUUUCGAGAAGUUCGGGGAGUACGUGGAGGACUUCCGGUUCCAGCCCGAGGAGAGUGCCGUGGAGACGGAGGAGCCCCUCAGCGCCCGCAGAUUAACCGAGAACAUGCGGCGACUGAAGCGCGGCGCCAGGCCUGUCACCAGCUUUGUGAAGAACCUCUCUGCCUUAUCUGACUGGUACUCUGUCUACACAUCGGCCAUCGCCUUCACCGUCUACGUGAACGCCGUGUGGCAUGGCUGGGCCAUCCCCAUGUUCUUAUUUCUGGCGAUUCUGCGGCUGUCCCUCAAUUACCUCAUAGCCAGGGGCUGGAGGAUACAGUGGAGCAUCGUCCCUGAAGUGUCCGAGGUGGUGGAGCCUCCGAAGGAAGACCUGACCGUGUCUGAGAAGUUCCAGCUCGUGCUGGACGUCGCCCAGAAGGCCCAGAACCUCUUUGGCAAGAUGGCUGACAUCCUGGAAAAGAUCAAGAACCUGUUCAUGUGGGUGCAGCCGGAGAUCACGCAGAAGCUGUACGUCGCGCUGUGGGCCGCCUUCCUGGCUUCCUGCUUCUUCCCCUACCGCCUGGUGGGCCUCGCCCUGGGACUCUAUGCUGGCGUCAAGUUUUUCCUCAUCGAUUUCAUCUUCAAACGCUGCCCGAGGCUGCGCGCCAAGUACGACACCCCCUACAUCAUCUGGAAGGGCCUCCCCACUGACCCGCAGCUCAAGGAGCGCUCCACUGCCGCCACGUCCCGCAGGCCGCAGACGGCCUCGCGGAGCUACGUGUCCAGUGCGCCAGCCAGCCUGAGCAAGGACGAAGACGCCGGCCGCUUCCACAGCACCAAGAAGGGCAACUUCCACGAGAUCUUCAACCUGACGGAAAACGAGCGGCCGCUGGCGGCAUGUGAGAACGGCUGGCGUUGCUGCCUCAUAAACAGAGACCGGAAGAUGCCCACGGACUACAUCAGGAACGGGCUGCUGUACGUGACCGAGAAUUACCUGUGCUUCGAGAGCUCCAAGUCCGGCUCCUCCAAGAGGAACAAAGUUAUCAAGCUGGUGGACAUCACAGACAUUCAGAAGUACAAGGUCCUUUCUGUCCUCCCGGGGUCUGGCAUGGGGAUCGCCGUGUCGACGCCAUCGACCCAGAAACCGCUGGUGUUCGGUGCCAUGGUGCAUAGAGACGAGGCCUUCGAGACCAUUUUCAGCCAGUAUGUGAAAAUCACAGCAGCGGCAGCUUCCGGCAGUGACAGCUAGUGUCAUCUCUCCCAGGACACUGCUGGCUUUUGUUUUGUUUUGUUCGAUGAUUCGGUAGUGGGAAAAGAAAUGGGACAUCUUCAUGAUCUUUUGCAAUAAUUCUCCUCGAUCUGUGGUUUCUAUUGUGUUGAGCCUGUGUUUACAGACCCUUCACGCAGGGCUUGGGGCACUCGGACGGUGCCAGCCCACCUGGUGGGUGAGGCACGACUCACGGACACCUGUGGACACCGGGCAGAGGGUCCUCGGAGGCCACUGGGAAGGAUGACGUGUGGGACACACGCUGUCCUGGCUGCCGCCAAGCACAGCUGCUGCUCCUGUCCCUGCCUGGGCAGGGAGCCCGGGCAUCGGCCACACAGCCUGCUCUCUGAGGCCGGAAGCCCUUCCACACCAAAGCCAUAGCUGAAGGACGUCGCUGUUUGGGGUACCCAGGCCCCUUCGCCAGCCUGCACGGGCGGCCAGUUAGUCCUGCCCGUCCUUCGGCGGGACCUCCGGCCGCGUGUCCUCGGCGUGCCGUCGGCUCGUGCUGUGUGCUCCGUGGGGACAGUGAGGGUGGAGGGGGAGGGCCCUGGUGCCCAGGCCUGGGCCUGGCCCUCCUGCCGUGUCGGCCCGAUGAGCAGCCGGGAGGCCUGUGACCGGCGUGUGACACAGGUGCGCAGUGCACAUCGGUGGAAGCACAUCUUUUUAACACUUCGCUCUUUGGAAAGCCCAGAACGUUCUCCCGGCUCUUGGGAGACCUGGGCUUCGGCGGCUCUCAGACGAAUCCCAUCCGCAGUGCGGCUGCACCGGCCUCCGAGCUGAGCCACCGGCGUCGGUGAGGGAGGGCGAGGGCUCCGGGCGGGGGCGGAGGUGGACAGGAGCCUCCCAGACCCAUGGCGGGCCGCUCCGUGCAGAGGGGAUGCUCUGGGGAGUGACCGCGAGCGGAGCCCAGCGGUUUGGGGCCAGGCAAUCUGUACCCCUGACCCUGUGCCAGCGUGGGCUUAGGAGGGGGCGGUCCCUGCCCACCCCAGCUGUCACCUGGAAGCCAUGGCCCCUGUGGAGGUGGCCGGGCUUGGUCCAUUCUGGAACAGCCCUGGAGGCCGAGGGGGGUCAGGACAGGGGCGGGCUCUGCGAAGGACACGUGUCGGGGUGCGGCACGUCGCAUGCCCACCCUCCCGGUCCGUGCACCUUCCCAUGCGGUUACCCCAGGUCCUCGACUUGUCUUGAGUCCUUCGGGUGUCAUUGAGGGUUUUUUGAAGAAACAGAAGAUUCUAUUUUUUACAGAGAGCAAGCUGUUUUUCUUAUUUUUGUAUCAUUUUUCAGAUGUCCUUUCUACCUUUGCUCUGAUGCUCACUUGUUGGUUGGGGUGCGAGGCCGAUGGCGUUGCUCUUGUGACCCCUUUGUGGAGGGGCUGCGGGGUCACCUCCUGGGCCUGGGGCCGCUUCGGGGGACCCCUGCUGACCAGCCAGAUGAAGCACACACCCCGCCCCGCCCCGCCCCGGGGAACUGGGGGGCCCAUGGCCGUCCCACCGGGAUUGGCGCGUGCGGUUCUAUGGGUCGACCUUUCGGUGAAGGCAGCGCCCACUCUAAACUUUGGCCCUCGGAGUCGACGCAGGUGGACGGGCUCUCGGCCCCGUAGAGGCCUCGGGGACACACGGGGGACACACCCCAGAGAGACCCGCCUCUUAGUAUCCAAAGCAAGGCAGGGUGGGCCCUGAACUGCCCGCAGGGACGUGCUGCGGGGGGGACCCCAUGGGUGCUGCUCCAACCCCUUCCCCCCGCCGCCGUGGGGUCAGCACGUGCCUCGGUCAGCCGAUGGGGGCCUGUCGCCGAGUGCAGAGGGAGGGCGGUUCAGUUCGAGUCCCUUUCGAGGGGAAAGGGAGAUGAAAACUGACCACGUGCCGGGGAGCGGCCGCCGGGCUCCAGCCCAGGGCGCGCCGAGGGGUGCUGGGCCGCAGGACGGGGUCCCCGAGUGGCACAGCGGGCCACCGGCAGGCCCUCUGGCUGCCCGGGGCUUUGCCAGGAGGAGCGCAGAGCUGCGUGGGCCCGGGCUCCCCACCGGCGAGGACCUGUGGUUUUGCCGAACUGUAAAUCUGGGCAGAUGUGGAGUUUCCAAGACUAAUCGCUGAGCUAGAAUGAAUGUUAAAUUUUUUAUGUCUGAAGUUCGAGUCUAUUUUGAAUCUGUAAAUAGCCCUGACCAGUGUGACUUUUGUUCAAUGAAAGGAUUGUACUGUGUAAAGAACUGAUAAAAAGAUCCCCUGGUAACAUUUUUUUAAAAAAAACCUUAUUUGUUUAAAGAAAAAGUCUUGUAUAAAUUAUAAUUUUUAUUUAAAUAAACCUAAAACGUUUUGUGCUAAGGCGA